GACCUCACCGCGACGAAGAUGCUGAGGCAGCUCCUCCCCCACUUCUCCUCCUCAUCUUCUUCUUCCUCCCCUAUUUAUUCACUCGCGCGGCUCACCAGGCAGAGCAGCAGCCGUCGUGUCCCUCUUGCGUCCAGGAAGACAAGCUCAAGCUCUAGAAGUAGCGCCAGCACCAGACCUUUUCUGUGCCUAGCCCUCUUCCUCCUCCUGAUUCUUGUUGUGACCGCCCUCUUCUUGUUCCCACCAGCGAUCAUGUCUUCCUCUUCCUCGUCGUCGUCGUCAGCCGCGUCCGUGCCGUUCGAGAGACCGAGGAAGGUGGUGAAGAAGGUGCUGUCCUUGUCCCAGUCCGAGGGGGACGGCGCCACCGUCCGCCGGAGCAUCGGCAGGCACGAGGUCCCGAACCUGGACCCAUUCCUCCUGCUCGACGAGUUCUCUGUAUCCAAGCCCGCCGGCUUCCCUGACCACCCUCACCGAGGCUUCGAGACCGUCACCUACAUGCUCGACGGGGCAUUCACCCACCAGGACUUCUCGGGGCGCAAGGGCACCAUCAGGACCGGAGAUGUGCAGUGGAUGACGGCUGGCCGCGGCAUCGUCCACUCGGAGAUGCCUGCGGCCGACGGAGUGCAGAAGGGCCUGCAGCUCUGGAUCAACCUCGCCUCCAAGGACAAGAUGAUCAAGCCGCGGUACCAGGAGCUCGAGAGCAAGGACAUCAGCCAGGCCGAGAAGCACGGUGUGAAGGUACGGAUCAUCGCCGGGGAGGCCUUCGGGGUGCGGUCGCCGGUCUACACACGGACACCGACCAUGUACAUGGACUUCACAAUGCAACCAGGGUCGCAGCUCCACCAGCCAAUCCCCGAGGGCUGGAACGCUUUCGUGUACAUCAUCGAGGGGGAGGGUGUCUUUGGCAGGGAGGGCGCCGCGCCGGCGAGCGCGCACCAUUGCCUUGUGCUCGGCGCCGGCGAUGGGCUCAGUGUGUGGAAGCGGUCCGGUGCGCCGCUGCGGUUCGUGCUGGCGGCAGGUCAGCCCUUGAACGAGCUAGUGGUGCAGCAGGGGCCCUUCGUCAUGAACUCUCGUGCCCAGAUCAAGAAGGCCAUGGAGGACUAUUACUACGGCCGCAACGGCUUCGAGAAGGCCAGCCAGUGGAGCUCCACUUGAGGCUGAUCAGUUUGUCGAUGUGGUGAUGAUCAACGUCGCGGUGCAUUGUCGUGAAAAAGAUUGGGGAGGAAAGGGAAACUGCACCGUACGAUUUUAUUGAUACUUCUGUGUAUAUUAUUGUAGUCUUGUUUUUGUUUGAUUCAUUUUUUCUACUUGUUUAUAGGAAAGAAUGUAAUAAAAGUGUGUGAUGAGGAGGAAGUAAGUAAGGAUUGUUUCAUCAUAACAAAACGAGUUGUUUCAUCAUAUGUUUGGGCAAGCAGAGCAAGGAUAGAUA